CAUCACACACGCGUUAUUUGGGGUUCCGGCCCAAUACGUGGCCCAAUCCAUCGGCAUCGGAUCGAACUCCCCCCUCUACCUCCUCCUCGUCUUCCGGCGACGCACGCCGCCGCCGCCGCCGCCGCCGCCUGCCCUCCCUACUGACGUCUCGUCUCCUCCUCCAGAGCAGAGCAGGAGAGCUGAGCCAGGAAGCCACCGAUCAUGGCUGAUUACGAGCAGGAGCAGGAGAUGGAGGUGGAGGCCCUGCAGGCCAUCCUCAUGGACGACAUCAAGGAGAUCGACCCCAGCGAGAGCGGGCUCAGCACCACGGCUCGCUGCUUCCAGAUCGUGCUCUCCCCUCAGGAUGAUGAUUUCGAUGAGUCGGCUUAUGUGCCAGUCCAACUGGCUCUGAUUUUUGCACACACCGAAAAAUAUCCGGAUGAGCCUCCGCUUUUGAAUGUCAAAAGUGUACGAGGAAUGAAAUCAGAAGAUCUUGCAUCCUUGAAAGAAAAGCUUGAGCAAGAGGCAACUGAAAAUCUCGGCAUGGCUAUGGUCUAUACUCUUGUCACAUCGGCACAAGAUUGGUUAAGUGAGAAAUAUGGACAGAAUGCUGGAGAUGGGGAAUCUGAAGAAAAUGAGGCAGAAGAAGAGGAGGUCAUUGUGCCCCAUGGUGAAGCUGUUACUGUAGAGAGCUUUCUGGCUUGGAGAGAUCGUUUUGAAGCUGAAUUGGCGCUACAGCGUGCCAAGCUUAUGCCAGAGUCAGCUCUUACAGCUCCGAAGGAAAAGAAACUCUCAGGAAGACAGUAUUUUGAAAGUGGAAGGCAUACAAUGAAAGGAGCAAGUACCACUGCUGACGAAGAGGAGGAAGAAGAGGAAGACAUCGACUUUGAUGAAGACUUCGAUGAUGACGAAGAGGACAUGCUUGAGCAUUACUUAGCAGAACAGUCAGGCAAGUCGGCCGCUUAAGGCUUCAAAACCAUAGAAGAGAGCAAAAAUGUUUUAGGGAAGCACAAUGUGGUUAUAUAAUAUUAUAGGUGAAGCCUACCAUUUUGUGCGUUUUCCCAUGAAUUGGUUUGCCUGCUGAUGAAUACCUUCGAGAGGUUAUCAUCAAUCUGAUUUGAGUGUAUUAAAGAUGAACAUACAGCGGCUGCGUAAUUUACUUCGUUAUGUAAUCUAUUGUGUUUUUGGUCGGUUUGAACCCACAUUUACCUUCUUGCUGUGAAUGCUGCAUCAUUAAGCAAGUCUGCAAAUUUGACGCUCGAGUUCAAACAAAA